AUGCUCUUUUGCUACACUAUGCACCACCCACAGACAGCGGAAGCGACAGACAGCGCAACGUCUAAAUGGAUGAAGAUGAUAUCAUCCACUUUUCUCGGGGAAGGCAGUAGAUCUUCCUUACUUGCUAAGCAUUCGUCUGAUGCGACGGAUCGCGACGACGCUGCCAUCUCGCAGGAAUCGCUCGAUCGCUGGGCCAAGCUGCGCGCCGACAACGGGCUUAAUUCCACGCCGGAGCUUAAAAUUGCACUUGUCGGAGGAUCUGCUGUGGGCAAGACUAGUAUUGUGCGUCGCUGGCUACAGCGGUCGUAUCCAGUGACAUACUUACCCACCGUUGGAGUAGAUGUUUACUCGAUGAAGUACGAACAUCGCGGUAAAGAGCUUUUGCUAAGCAUUUGGGACGUCUCCAGCGCCGAGGUAGACGCCAGCGCGUCGUCGCUGCACUCGCUACUGUGCGAGGAUCUGGACGGUAUCUUUUUCGUGUUUAACGUGCACCGCGUUAGUUCCAUUGCAGCGAUCGACAAAUGGCGUCACUGUUUAUCCAAGUACCUUUCUCCCAAAGAGACUCCAUGCUUUCUCAUCUCACACAAAGCGGAUUUGCUGCAGAAGCGCGUAAUAACUAGCGACGAUAUUGCAGCUUACGCUAAGACUGCAGGCUAUAGAGGUUGGAUGUGGACGGUCGGGAAGGCGACUUUUGGUGAAAACGAAAAGAGGCCUGCUGUGCGAGAAGCGCUGGAGCGUAUGAUAGAUUUUAUAUGCAAAGAUCGCUUUGCCGCAGAGCAGAAACGGCUUGCACGUUUAAAAAAGCCAGUCGGUAUCUUGGAGGUGUCGGGUAAUUUAGGACCUUUAAAAGUUAUCCAAACGAACAGUGCCGUGCAUCAUUUCUCGACGACUUUGCUGCGUAUUCCAUUGAAAGCAAUCACAACGCUGCCGCGUGAUGAAGACAUAAUGCCAAUCAAUGAUAAUCGCCAUAGCGAGGAAAAGAAUGAGACUGGUGAUGUUGCAAGUGCUCUGCAAACUGGCAAGUGUUACGGUGGCAGCUGGAUUAUGGGCAGUGACAAGGGCGUAUAUCUGAGCGCAACUAAUAGUAGUAUUCUUGCAAAUGAUGAGACGGACGAUGACACAGAAUCCACGGAAGACUUUCAAUUUCCAUUUUCUAAUACAAGACACUUGCAUGAGGAGGAAGACACGGCCGCCGCAGCUGAGUCUCGAAGGCUGGAACAGGAAGAUGAAGACUUUGAACGACGCAAACAAGAAGAAAAGGCGGAGCGAGAUCAGCGUAACGAUCAGGAGGCGUGGAAAUUUUUUGCCGGUAGCAUCAGCCGAACGCGUGCUGAAAAACUUCUCGAGAAACGAGAGCAAGGCACUUUCUUACUUCGUCGAAAAGAUGCUCAGACACUUAUUCUGUCGUACGUUGGGCCUGAUCAUGUGCACCACGUCCUCAUUGAAUUUUCCAACCAACAGUAUCACAUUGGCUCGUCUAAGGCAUCUUUAGCAACAUCCUUUCCAACUCUAUGGAAAUGUUUGCGGAGUGUGCGGCGAUAUGCCUACAGGGGGCUGAUUUUUAGUCGCAAUGUUGAUUUCGGUAUCGUGAAAAAUCAGGAUUUAGUGCUUGAGGGUGAAAACCUUGCGCCGGAAAGUACCAGUGACGUUACAAUUCCGACUGUGACUGCAAGUACGCCAAGAAUCUGGCGAACGCGAACUCGAAGCGGAUCGAGUAGCUCUUUGAGCAACAGCAGUGCCAGCCGUCAUGCAUCACCCACCACUUCACUUAGGAGAGCACGUCACACACCGAGCUUACAGGCAAACCAGGAACAAGUGCAAAUUCCUCCUCAGACUCGCAUCGACGAAUUGAGCGAAGAAUUUUACCAUCAUCUCUCCGACCAAUUGUCGUGUUUGGCUUCUCAGCUAAAGGCAAUGCCCGAAAGUGGCAAGAAAAUCGGUUCACCCCAAAACGUUGAUGUUCUCCUCGAUAUGCUGACACAAGAAAAGAGCGAGCUACGUGAGAUGAACAAUAACAACGCCGAGACGCAAUGGCGCCAGCUUGUUAAAAACAUGGAGGCUUGGAACCGCAUUGUUAUGAAUUUGGAGCUAUGUACAAUAAAGUUGGUUUAG